CGCGGUUGUUUGGGUAUCGGGGGCGGACUAGGGGUCUGCGGCGCCGGUUGUGUUGGAAACGGGCGGCCCGCCGGCGGCAGAGGAUGUAGUGUUUGGAGUCUGAUCGUCCUUCAGAUCCCUCCACCUUGCUUUCUGUCAUCAGUUUCUUGUCCAGGAUGACUCUGCCCAUUGCGUGACGUCAACAUCUUUGGUUUCCGCCUCUCUGAAUUGUUCAAGAGACUGCAGCAGGUUUUUGGACCUGAAACUCUUCCAGUGGAACACCGUGAGGAAGUUGAGAACAGUGAUGUGGACGAUCCUGAUCAUCCUUGAUAAAUUGUGUGUGAUAUAGGCAGGAUGGAUCGAAUGACGGACGACGCCUUGAGGCUCCACCUGUUGAAACGGGGGCUGGACCGGGCCGAGGAGCGCGAUGAUCUGGUGGCCAAGCGGCUGAAGGUAGAAGGGCAUGAAGCCAUGGAGCGGCUGAAGAUGCUGGCCCUGCUGAAGAGGAAGGACCUGGCAGGCCCUGAGGUGGCCCAGGACCUGGGGGCCAAGCCUGAGCAUCAGAAGGCGGGUGAGGAGAAGAUGAAUGGCAGCUUGAAGCCUCGGCCUGAACUUCGCAAUGUUAGCAAAGCAGGGAAGGAGAACAUGGGAGAUGAGCCCGUUGACAUGAGCGCACACAAGAGUGACACGGACAGAGAACGCAGCACACCGUCACCGGAUAUCAUCGUGCUGUCGGACAACGAGGCCUCCAGCCCUCGUGCCAAUGGCCGGUUCGAAGACAGGAUCAAAGUGGCAAAUCUGGAGAUUUUCAAGGGCAAGGGCCCCGAGGAGCGGCAGAUGAUCAUCAAGCAGCUUCGGGAUGAGCUGCGGCUAGAGGAGGCCCGGCUGGUGCUGCUGAAGAAACUGCGCCAGAGCCAGGUGCAGAAGGAGAAUGUGGUCCAGAAGGUGCCCGUUGUACAGAACGCCCCAUCUGCCGGCCAGUCAUCACUGGCUCCGGGUGGUCAGCAGCUGAUGUCCAAGCCACCGUCCCGGCCUAUCUCUCAGGUAUUGGAUCCUCAGAACCUGCGAGGAGCUCAGGGUCAUCCAGUCAUCAGGUCGGUUCCCAACAGCACGCUGCCACAGUUGCUCAUGUCCCAACGUGUGAUCGCACCCAGCCCGGCCCAGAUGCAGAGCAUGAGGAUCGCCAAGCCGGGUCUCAUUCACAGCCCUGUGUCAAGCCAGAAUCCGACGGGCACCUACCAAAAGCAGGCUGGCUCCUCCAUCCCAUCGCCCCGGACCACUCCAUCCACGAUGUAUAUGAAUGUCUCCUCGCACGUGCAGUCCAGCCUGACGACAGCAGUUAGCCCUGCCAUGUCCAGCGCUGGCAGUUUGACUGACCCCACCAGCAGCCAGGCUGCUGCCAAACUGGCCCUGCGCAAGCAGCUGGAGAAGACUCUGCUGGAGAUCCCUCCACCCAAGCCCUCACCACCACUGCUCAACUUCCUGCCCAGUGCGGCCAACAACGAGUUCAUCUACAUGCUGGGCUUGGAGGAGGUGGUGCAGAGCGUCAUCGAAAGUCAAGGAAAGGGGCGCCUGCAGCUGCCCCACAUCGACCCGUUUGUGUGUUCCCAGUGCCGGACGGACUUCACCCCUCACUGGAAGCAGGAGAAGAAUGGCUGCAUCCUCUGCGAGCAAUGCGUGACGUCCAACCAGAAGAAGGCGCUGAAGGCAGAGCACACCAACCGGCUGAAGACUGCCUUUGUGAAAGCGUUGCAGCAGGAGCAGGAGAUCGAGCAGCGGAUACAGCAGCAGGCAGCCGUGGUGUCAGCUUCCCCCACCUCUGUGUCGGCUGGUGCAGUGAUGAACAAGCCCGAACCAGUCAUCAGGCACCACCCUCUCCGGCAGCAGCCGCCUCAGUCGCAGUCGUCUCUCCAGCGAGGGCUCCACUCCUCCGCCCGUAGCGUGCUCUCCAACUUUGCCCAGGGCCCCCAGCUCCACGUGGCCAGUGGUCUCUUAGGCAUGCCAGGUAAGCAUGCAGUGCGGAGCGGAGCCCAGAGCCGAGGACGAAGGCCGUACUUCACAAACUCAGGGGUCAACAUGUCGUACCUGAACGCCGGUGUCGGGAGUCAGAAGGGGUCAACCCUGGCGGACCGUCAGCGCGAGUACCUGCUGGAUAUGAUCCCACCCAGGCCCAUCCCACAGUCCGUCAGCACGCAGAAGUGAGGGGCUGCCGCCGCAUGCAGUGCCUGUCCUGGUGCCUCGUACUUAACCCAACGCUUACGGGAGCAGUCCCACCUCCUCCCCGAUAUUAUUGUACUAUGUGUCUAAUGCUAACGUCGUUGUAGGGAUGUGGGGCCGCCCCUCUACGCACGCCCCCACUCGCACAGGCCACAAGGCAAGGGCCGCGCUCCAGAGGUGUGUGUUUGUAUUCCCCCCACCACCAGCCUCCUGCGCCCAUCUUCCUCCCACCCUACCCUAUCUCCUGCACCCCCAACCAAUCUCUGGCUCAAAUGUGGAGAUGAGAGCUUAGGGAAGUGGGUGGUGGUUGGGGGGUGUGGAGAAAGAGAGAUUUUAACCUAAUCCCACAAGCACCAGUUCACCCCUGACCCCUGCUCACCAAUCACUCCUCCACCCCCCCCACCUGUUGGGAGAGAUCCAUGUGGCAGCUGUCCAAGGAGAGGAACAGCAAUGGUAUUAGCUGUCCUCCGCAGGGCCAUCCUGCGGUGAGCGAGAGGGUUACGCACACACCCAGGGGCAGUGACAUGACUGUUGCCAGAAGUUCAGCAGUGUCCAGGGAUGCUGCAACCUCAUACCAUGUGUACAGUGCCCUUUCAUUUCCAGAUAAUGCCCCGGGCUUCCCUCUCCCCCUUUCGCCAGCCCACCUUCCAUCUGCACUGGGAGCAGCUUCCCCGAUGGGGAGUGGGAUCUUUCCGAACCCCUGCCUCAACGCUCAUUUAAUGUAUAUUGUGCAAAGGCCUCCAGGUGUCAGUGGCCUCUCCAACAGCAUCUGAGACAUAGAAUCACAAAAUGCUGGAGGAACGCAGCAUCUGUGGAGAGGAUUUCAGGCUAAGACUAGUCUUCAUCAGGACUGGACAGGAAGGGAGCAAAAGCCUGGCCCUUCUUUCUUAUUCCGACUUCUUCUUCCUUUUCCUGGUGAGGGGUCUCGGCCGGAAAUGUUGGCUAUUUAUUCCCCUCCAUAGGUACUGCCUGACCUGCUGAGUUCCUCCAGCAUUUUGUGCGUGUUGCUGAGGAUUUCCGGCAUCUGCAGAAUCAGUUGUGAAUCACACUCAUAGCAUAGGAAGUGACCACCUGGACUGCCACCUGCCAGUGUGCACUCCUGUCCCAGUGUGUGGCCCAUAGACUUCCCCAGGCAAUAGAAAUGAUUUCCAUUGACUCUUCUUCCACCACCCUCUCUCCGACUGCUCAGUGCCCCCCUCCCACUUGCUGAUCCUCUCCAAAUCACCCCCCACCCCCCGUAUCCUAGAUCCAAGUCCUCUGGCUUUGCCUAUAUCCACAGUGGGAAGUUCUCUGACUUCAGGGCAUGAGGGGACAUCCAGAGAGCUGCGUUCAGUGUGGGGGGGGGGUGCAAGGGGGGGAAUCGGAAUGGGAGCUGAUAAACCCAGGAGUGACCAAUGAUCAGGGUCCCUGGUCUACCUGCUGCGCCCUUGUGCCUCCUGUCACCUUCUCACCCCCUUGACGAGGGAGACUUCCCCGAGCCUGCAGGACGUGGACAGUGGGUGCAGGGGGGGUUUAGCCGAGGAGAUAAGUAUUGAGGCCAGGUGGCUGGGACGUGCACUGGGGGGGGGGAGAGAGAGAGAGAGAGUGAAUCUUAGUCACUCAGUGAUUGCUCCACCCCAUCUCCAGCCAGAGAAGGCGGUGUUGAGCUGUGAAUCAUUUGGGAUUCCAUAUUCCAGCCCGGGAGAAUAAACUCUGCCAUGUGGUCCCUCCUCUUACUUACUCGCCCUCUGGCUGGUUUAACGGAAACAUGCGGCAUUGUACUCCCAAACAAUUUCGAUGCUGCAGACUUCGCAGCAUCUGGCCAUGGCCAGCCGACCCAACCAAAACCUGAGCUUCUGAAUCUUUCAGGAGUCAUCUGUAACCUCAGAUCCCAGAGUCUCUCCCACGUGAGGCUGAACCCCAGAGCAGCUGUAAAGUUAGUGGGGAAACAGCUCCUCCACCCACCAAUCAGUGUCAGUGGGAUUGGCCUCUGCACUCUGUGGGGUGGGGUUGUGAGGUGAACAGAAGGGGACAGUUUUGAUUAGGGGUUGUCCUGUCCUGUACAAACUGCUAUAUUGUAUAUCGCAGUGGGAGGCUGUUCAGCCCAUUGAACACAUGCCAGCUCUUUGAAAUUUUCUAAUUGGUUCUGCUCCCCUUUAAUAGUUCCUCUUGAUCCUGGCCACCUCCUCCACCUCCCCCCCCCAAACAAUCUCUCUACUCAGAUUUGUCAACAAUGUUGCCUCUGAAAUAGUGCCUGUAUCACGCCGGAAACCCCCUUGAAAACCUGAACAAACAUUUGCCCCCUUCAUCAGCCUGGGGAGAGGGGUAGGUGAUACCUACCGGACAAAGAGGCAGCUAAAGGAGAAUGUCUGACCUAUGACCAUUCUGAGAUCAGGGAGCCCCUGUACACCCACUGGAAAUGGGAGAGAUGGCAUCUCUACAACAGACAUGUCUCUGUCGCUCUCUCUAACUGCAGGCAGUGUCUGCACGCCCUCACCCUCCCAUCCAUUGUGGUAGUGAGCACAUGGGGGAGGGGGUGGAGAGAGCACAGAGCACAGGGGACAUCCGGCUCUAGGGAACAGGAGAAUCAUGGAAUGCUUUUAGCACUGAACAAGGGAUACUGGAGGAGUGGAAGGAAUUGAAAUGUUGCCUGUCCAUCUCCCUCCGUGCUUUGCUUGAUCUGUGGAGUACCUCCAGCAUCUGUAUCAUGCUGGAAACCCCCUUGAAAAUCUGAACAAACAUUUUGCCCCCUUCAUCAGCCUGGGAAGAGGGGUAGGUGAUACCUACCGGACAUAAGAGGCAGCUUGUUCCCCACUCCAGAUUCCGGCGGCUGCACGCUGGUGCCCCUCUCUCAAACACAAUGAGAGCCUCCAGGGAGGGCACAGUGAGAUCAAGCCUGAGAGAAUACUGGUCAGUCGUACUUUUGUAUCAGUGCUCCCCACCCCGCUGCAUUCCAUCCAUCACCGCAGCUCCUUGCCACUGUGUGUAGACAUGAGCAUCUCCAUGAGAGGCCGCUGUUCACUUUGUCUCCUGGCCAGCAGCGCCGGGUUCCCCAAAUACCCUCCCCCUCCCUGUUUCCCAUUGACCUCCCUCCCUCCUAUUCACCCCUGCUCCCCGGCUGUGUUUGUAAGCUGCGCUGAUGGGGAGGGGCAGAUAAUGGCAAAGGGCUAAUUGCCCCUCCCCACACUCUCGACCUCAGGCGCUGUGUCACUGUUCUCCCUGGCUUUGGCGGGUGUGCGAGCCGCUCUCCCUACGUUAUGUGUUGUGGUGGGUGGGUUGGGGUUUAUUGUAUAUUGGGAAACAAUAAGUCAAGUUACUCUCCAAGAGACUGCCAGCGAGCCUCCGACAAGAUUGUGGUGUCCUGGGGCACACCAGAACGCUGGGUCUCUCCACCUUCCCCCUUCCCCCUCGCCCCUGGGAGGAUGGGGGGCUCAGUCAGUUAUUGAGAACCCCGCCCCAUUGUCGGAGGCACCGUCUUCCGGACCAGACGUUAAACCAAGGCCCCGUCUGCCUCCCCCACCCCCCCCAAAAGAUUCCCCCACUUUCUCGGGCGGACGUUAAAGAUCCCACAGAACUAUUGGGUGUGAGAGCAGGGAAGGGGUGGAGGUUGAUAGGGACCCUUGGGGGAGGAUAGUUCAGCACCGGUCUUCAGUCUGGGAGCUCUGAGCUCUGCCCAGCCACCCUUCAGUGUAGGCAGUAGCUUUCCUUACACCCACUCCCCCACCAUGUACCCACCACCUUCCACUUCCAGCUGGAUUCGGGUCGUAGCUCUCUCCCAGAGCAGCAGCAUGGUUUAGUAGUAGGACAGGGAGGGGUGUGCUGGAUGUCAGUGGGCCACAUUCACCACCUGACACAGUGCACCCUUCUGUGGCUCGGACUUGAGCAGUUCUGUCCUACCAAGGGCCAGAGUGGCCUGUGGGUGAAGCUCCCACCCCCCUCAGCCCAGCUAAUACUUUCCGGCACUCAAGGGCGUGGGGCAGAAUCUGCUCUGGGUGCUGACUGCACCCCAGGAAGGCAGGAGUGAGGUACAAAGGCCCGAUUGCCCCACACACACUAGUGUGGCCCUACAAGACCACCCUGGCAACUGUCCCCCUCUCCAGUCCCCUUCUGCCUCUUGAUUUCAGCAACUGAAGCCAUGUUUAAGUGAAGUGCACCCGCUGACUGUACGGUCUAUACCCAGGACACAGCGGACAGCGUUCCCAGUGGUUUGUGUUGCGUGUUUACAGUUUAACUGGGCGUUAACCAUCUUUCCCUUUCUCCUAACAAUGGGGUCAGUCCUUCCUCUACUCUCUCUCUCAUUUUUAAAUUUUUAAUUUAGUUUUUCUUUUUGUUCUAUUUUUUAAAGAAAAACAAACAGUAGAUUGAUGUUUGCUCAGCUUGUUUAUUAUUUUGUAUUGUGCUGAAUUUGUGUACUCGAUGCUGUAUCACAGAUGUUAUAUACCAAUGGGGGGAAAAAAAAGAAACUGCCAAGACUUAGUCAUCCAAUGACUGACAAAAUAAGCAAGUUUUUCAAAAAACCUUUGUAAUAUUUAUUACUUACAGGUUGUGUUUAAUAAGGAACCAGGUGAACCUCCUCAGUGAGACGGUGUAUGUGGUAAUAAACUAUCAGGUCAUUACGUCUGAGCCACCUCCUUCUC